AUGGACAGUGACGAAGAAUUCAUCGACAACUCGCUGGCCGUCGGCGACAUUGUGUACGACGAGGCCCAGAUUGCGCAGCAACAGCAGGAGUAUGCCGCCCAGCUCAAGCUGGCAUCCACAGCCAUCCCCACCGUGGUCAAGGAUUUCAUCCAGUACUUCCACCGAUGCCUUUCCGACAAUUCUGUGUACGAGCUGCACGGCUGUUACGAAAACUCGUUUGGAAAACUGACCGACAAGUUUUACAAAAACUCGCAUUGGCCCCAUCCUGUGGCCCAGGUUGCUCCUCUGGUCAAGAACGAUCCUGUCUUUCUGUACUUUUACUCGGAGCUCUACUACCGACACCUGUACGCCAAGCUGACGCCCACACCCCUCGAGCGGUUCGAGUCCUACUCCAACUACUGCAACCUGUUCAACUACAUUCUCAACUCGGACGGACCUGUCGAUCUCGAGCUCCCCACCUCUUGGGCUUGGGGUAUUGUGGACGAGUUCAUCUACCAGUACAACUCGUACUGGAUGACCAAGGAGGCCCACAACAGCGACGGUGUGGCCCCCGACACCUGGGGCACCUACUCCGUGCUCAACGUGCUGUACUCACUGUCUGAGAAGACCAAGAUUCGAGAACAACUGCGAGCCAUCAAGGCUGGUCUUGAUCCCAUGGAUGUGGCUGGACCCUAUGGCUCCAGACCUCUGUACAAGAUGCUGGGCUACUUCUGUGUCAUUGGUCUGCUGCGAGUGCACACCCUUCUGGGAGACUUCACUCUGGCUCUCAAGACCAUGGAGUCCAUUGAGCUGACCAAGAAGGCUCUGUUUGCACGUGUCGCACCCGCUCACUUUGCCACCUACUACUACGUGGGCAUCUGCUACGUCAUGACCCGGCGAUACGCCGACGCCAUCCGAUGCUUCUCCCAUGUUCUGACCUACAUGGCUCGAACCAAGAACGUGCAGGGUCCUCGGUACGACGCCAAGCGAUCCGAGCAGAUGUACGCUCUGCUGGCCAUCUGUGUCGUUCUGUCUCCUGCUCGUCUGGACGACUCCAUCCACGUGGCUCUGCGAGAUCGAUACGGCGAUCAGAUGGCUGCCAUGCAGCGGGGUGACCUCAAGCUGUUUGAGGAGCUCUUCACCUUUGCCGCUCCCAAGUUCAUCCAGCCCGGCGAUGUGCAUGGAGGCGACCCGCUCAAGCACCACCUCAAGAUCUUUAUGGUUGACGUUACCAACACGUUGUCCACCGCCAACCUCAAGUCGUACCUCAACCUGUACGCCACCAUGGACCUCGGCAAGCUGGCCUCGUUCCUGGACACUGACGCAGAGGACCUGAGAUCGCAGCUUGUCACUCUCAAGAUGAAGAACCGACAGCUGCGAUGGACCGAGGGCGAGCUGGCCGACGGCACUUACCAGCACUGUUCCGAGCUGGACAUUGCUCUUGAGAAUGAUCUCAUUCACGUUGCCGAGGCCAAGGGCGGACGAAAGUUUGCCGACUGGUUCAUCCGAAACACCGUCAAGAACUACUCCGUCCAGGACUACAUUGUCAACGGUGAUAAGAAGGACAAGGAGAAGAAGAACUAG